UCAGAAGAUGACUCAAGAGGGCAGCAGAAAGCAGAGACCCCGAAAUUUGAAUAAUGUGACCGAGUGGGGGCGAAGGCAAUGGCGAGGAGGGGGAUUUGGGCCGCUGGGGCCCCAAGGCUGCCCCUAGGCGUGGAAAUGGACCCGGGGCCCACGGCGCCACGCGACGUCGCGACGACAGAGACGCCACUCUCGCCCGGAGCGAGUGACUUCCUCGUGAGUGAUGCGGCCUCUCCUCUUGAUUUUGUCCGUCGUCUGGGGCCUACCUAAACCUGCAGUUGGGGCCCAGUGUGGAGUAGCGACGGCGGAUUUCAGCCGACUCAACAGUCGGGUGGUGGGUGGCGAAUCGGUGGGCUACUUCCGAUUCCCGUGGUUCGUGGCCCUCAGUAGAAGAGGCAAGCAAGGUGUCGACGUCACUUGCGCUGGCUCCCUCAUCACCGAUCGGCAUGUCCUCACAGCUGCGCACUGCUUCAGAAGGACGGACCGGCCUGAGCUGUUGUACCGGGUGGUAUUGGGGAUGGUGGAUCGGUGCGAAGCCAAGGAGCAUCGACGAAUAGAGAUGCUGACGUCGAGGGUGUUCAUCCACGAGAACUAUACGCCGCGAAGCACCGCCCACGACAUCGCUGUCAUCGAGCUCAGCGCUCCCACACACUUCAUGCCUAUCUGCCUCCCGCCCCAAAGCAUUAACAACGCGGGGAAGAGAGCAUCGGUGAUCGGGUUCGGGUCGACGCAGGUGCGUCGCGCGAGGUAUCCGUGCGUUUUGCAGGAGGCCAACGUCACCAUCAUCACACGAAGAGCCUGCCGCACAUCUCGACUUCAACCGAAGAACUCGAAUGUGGCUGGCACCCUCUGCGCGGGAGUCUACGACGGUGGCAUCGAUGCCUGCGAUGGUGACAGUGGAGGACCACUGCAGACGCAAUACGGUGGCUUAUUCACCGUGCAAGGGAUCGUUUCCUUCGGAGAGGGCUGCGCCCGACGCAAGGUUCCCGGAGUCUACACGGAUGUGUCUUAUUACAGGAGUUGGAUUGAUAGACAAAUUUCCAAGACGCAACAUUACACCGCCCCCGACCCUAUUUUCUGGAACAAGGAAUCCGAUUUGGAGACCGUGGAACCGGACGAUCUGCAAGUUUGGGGUGACCCUGAAACCGCCAUAGAUGAUAGCAGGGAUCUAAUUCCUAUUGUUGACCCCCAAUCAUGAUGAAGAAUCCUAAGGAUCACUCUAUUCUUAUGGCAGGAGCCCCUAUAAAAAGCUCAAGAUUAAAAAAAUGAAAAAUGGAAAGUGGAGAGUCUCAAAGGAUCCUUUUCGUCAUUUGAGACUGUAACAAGCGGAGGAGUCUAAAUCAAUGACCCGAUCACAAGUUCAUGUCGCCGUCAUUGGAAAAUGGUUCAUCUGAUCCAAAUUUUCACCACUCUUAGUUUUGAUAAAAAAGAUAAAAACACUGGAACGAACAACACGAAGGAUUUGACAGUAAGAGUUGCGGGAAAGGGCAGUAAGAAAGGGAGAUCUCUGUUUGCGUCUGUGCGUGGAUUUGCUGAAGCCGUUGGCUUAGUUUUUCCACAAAAGCAAUUUUCAUCUUUUUUUCAGUGCAACUAUAAAACAGCCGAGUGUAUCAUCUGAAUCAAAAGAAUUCAUUAAAUUUCAUAACUUUUUAAUUUUCCAUACAAAAACACCACAAAAUUUCCCAGAGCGCCUUGAGCUUAAAUCUAAAUUUGCCGCAGUUUACCAUUAACGUUAAAUUUUUUUCAUGCAGAAUGAUAAA